GUGUCACAGAAACUGUCAUAUUUCAAACUUCACUUGCAGUUUUAGCCUCUCGUCAAUAUAAGCGAGAACACAUCCGGGCAUUAUGAGCGCGGUCGGCGAAUGAUGACGUAUUACAAGCCCACGAACACGGCCUCAUUGUUUUAUUUUGAAGGAGCUGAACGUUUCCUUCCUCCAGAACCAGAAGUGCCGUUAAAGAAGGAGGGCGACGUUUCCGUUGCGGAGGUCUGCGCUUGUUCUCCUCCGUGUUUGAUCCGUUUCACACGAGCAGGAGGUGGACUGAGUCACUCAUGGGCUGAACGUGGAUCCACACCUGGAUCCAGGAAUGGCUCAGUCUCCAGGUCCUGGUCCAGAUCUCACCGUGGUCCUGAUGGGACGCAUCGGAGUGGGAAAGAGUGCUUCUGGAAACACGAUUUUAGGACGAGCAGCAUUUGAGUCAAAGUUAGCGUGGGGACCGGUGACGACGCGAAUCCAAGAGGAAACAGGAACUGUUUUAGGAAAGCUGAUCCGAGUGAUCGACACUCCGGGAAUUUUAGGAUCAAAAGAGGAACUGAAAACCUUCUGCCAGGGUCUCCUGCAGUCCUCCACCCCUCUGCUGUUCCUGGUGCUGGUUAAAACUAGUCGUUUCACAGAUGAGGAAGAGGAGGCUGUGCAGGCGGCCAUCACAGUCCUCGGCGAUGAAGGUCUGGCAAACAGCUUCCUGCUCUUCACAGGUGGAGAUGAGCUGAACGUGUCACUGCAGGAUCACAUCAGCCAGUCUAAGAGAAGCUCACUCCAAGAUGUCGUUAAGAAGUUUGGGGACAGGUAUCAUCUGUUCAACAAUGAAGAGCCUGAAGACGAGGAGCAAGUGGGAGAGCUGCUGAGGAAGGCUGAGGGCCACAGGACCGGCGAGCUGCCGGGAUUCAAAGCAGAAGGUGUCUCCAUCGUCCUGCUGGGAAACACCGCUGUGGGUAAAAGCGCUUCUGCAAACACCAUCAUAGGCCGAGCGGCGUUUGAGUCGAGGGCUUCCCUCAAAGCGGUGACAACAGGAAUCGGAGAGGAAACGGGACAGAGGUUUGGGAAGCGGAUCACAGUGAUCGACACUCCGGGACUUUUAGGAUCAGAGGAGCUGAUUGAAAAGUACUACCUGGGCCUGCCCCGCUCCUCCACACCUCUUCUGUCCCUGGUGGUGGUCAGAGUCGGUCGGUUCACUGAGGAGGACCGGAGCGCCGUGGAGACGGCGAUCAGAGUCCUCGGGCCUCGGCGGUUUGAGAACAGCUACCUGCUGUUCACAGGAGGAGACGCCUUAAAGGACAAAAGUCUGCAGGACUUUGUUUCUGAAGAUGAAGCAGGUCCUCUCCAUCAGCUGGUGCAGAGGUUUGCAGGGAGGACUCACCUGUUCAACAAUGAAGGAGGAGGACGAGAGCAGGUCAGAGAGCUGCUGCAGAACGCAGCUGAUCGUCUCAUGGCGUCUCUCACACUGGUGGACAGGAGAGUCAUUCUGAUUGGUCUGUCUGGAGGAGGGCGGAGCUCAGCAGGAAACACCAUCCUGGGAUCAGAGCGGUUCCCGACAGGAUGUGGGUUUGAACCGGUCCCAGCUGAGGUGGUCUCUGGGUCAGCAGCAGUGGAGGGCUGUUGGAUCACCGUGGUCGACACUCCAGGAUUCACAGCCAGAGACUCGGAUGAAGAUCAGCUGAAAAAACGACUCAGGAUGAUGGAAGAACAGUCUGAUCCAGGACCUCACGCCGUGGUGUUUGUGGUCAGGAUAGGCAGGAUGUCCAGAGAAGACUCUGCGCUCCUCACCGCCCUCAGAGAGAUGUUUUAUGAUCAUCCUAUUAACUUCUCCAUGGUGCUCUUCACCCACGGAGACGAGCUGAGAGGUCGGUCCAUCGAUCAGAUGAUUCAGUCUAACAGCUGUGUGUCUGCACUGGUCUCCAUGAGUCGUGGCAGAUUCUGUGUGUUUGACAAUAAUCACAGAGGAAACAGAGAGCAGGUCAGAGAGUUCCUCCGUCAUGUAGAGAACAUCAUCUCAGAGAACAGAGGAGAACACUUGGACCUACAUGUACAGUCUAUGAGAAUGAACUGGCUGAGUGAGGAAAUGGAGGAAAUGGAGGAAAUGGAGGAAAUGGAGAGAAGGCACAGGUGCAUGCACAGGGACAGGGAGAUGAGCAUGAUGGACAUGAUGCAUAGGCACAGGCACAUGGACAUGCACAUGGACAUGGAGAUGGAGAUGUUCAUGUUCAUGUCCAUGGACAUGAUGCACAGGCACAUGUUAGAGCAGAGACCCAGGACGACUGUACAGAUCUGCUGUAGGUGUUUUUGCAGCACAGCCAGCCGUCUGGACAAACUCUUCAGAGAGCUGAAUGUCUGACUGUGAUUGGUGGAUGUUGGAGGCGUCUGAGAAAAUAAAAACCUGACUGGACUUUGUCUGCUUCCUGUUCAGGAUCAGCAGUUUUCUGAAACAUGAUUGGUCCUCUGUACUGUAACUUUUACUCCAGUACAGUUUCAUCGUACUUGUGCUUUGUGUAAAACAAACAUAAAUACUUCAAAAACUUUCCAUCUGAAUUGUUUGCAUUAAGAUCAGCUGACACAUUAAAGUACAGAGACAUGAAUGAAUCAACAUGGUUAUUGCCAUGGUAACAGGUGUGUAUCAGGCUCACAUCAGUGAUUUAAUUUCUCCCUCACUGUGGAGGAUCGUCCACCAUCAGCAAAUUCAAUCUAACUUUAUUUAAAAAGCUUCGGUCCUGAAACAAACACGGUCGCUGUGAUGUGGUUUGUGUUGUGACGCUUCCUCUCAUCGUUAUUAGUUUCUCUGGUUAUUGAUCUGCAGCACAGGCUGUUAGCAUGUAGCUCAUUACAAACACGAAGAAACCUGAUCAGUGAUCAAUACCAUCCGACCAGCAGGAAGUGAUGUAGAGGUGAGUCGCUCUGAUCCUGCAGUGGCUGACCAGCUGAUCACCACAGAAGAAGAGUGAGGAGGAGCUAAAGCUCUAGCCCGCUAACAUACCUGUGUGUGGCGUUAAAGGUCACACAGAGGGCAGUUUAAGCACAUGAACCACACACCUGUACUUACGAUGCAGGUGGUGGAAAAGAUUAAAUAAUAAUGUUUUAUAAUUUUCUCCUUAUUCGUGCAGAUAAAAUAACAAAGACGCUCACACUGUCCUGCCCUGUUCACACCUGUUUGUGCGAGAGUUUGUGAGCCAAUCAGGAAUUGUAUGAAUACUUUUUGUCCUCUGUUGCUUAAUUUCUGACAGUAUGUUAAAAAAAGACAUUUGACAGAUGUUAGAGCUGCUUCUUUAUAUAAUGGACUAAAGUCACAGAGAAUCUGAUAAAUCUGUAAAGAAAGAAAAAAUAACAGCUGCAUGGAUGAAAAAUAUCCCAGGAUAAAGGAGUGGAAG